AUGGACAUCGCCUACGAUCACAUCCAAGAGGAGGCAUUCUCCAACAAAGAGGAAGCCUCCUCCGACUCGAAAACACAGGAAUCCAACGCCAGUCUCAACGAAGAGCUACAAGAGACCUUCCGCGCCUUUUCCGCCAGUCCGUGGGGCUCCCGAAUCGGAGGACUCUGGGACAAUGUACGCAAGCAGGGAGAAACAUACUACGAAGGUGCUCGCCAGGAGUACGCCGCCGCCAGCGAGGAAGCCGUCAAAGGUUUUUCAGGCCUCAAGGAAACACUCGCCGACCGGACAAAGGGGCUGUCUCUGAGCACAGUGGCUCUGGCGAGCGGGGAGGGACAAAGCGACGAGACCACCACGCCCAAGGCUUCUUCCGAAGGCGAAUCUGGCGAGAAAACCGAAGGCGAAGGCUCUGGCGCUGGCGCCGGUGGAGAAAGCUUUAUUGCCCGGUUGAAGGCAGAGGCCGCUCGGCGGCUGAAGGAGAUCGAGAAAGCGGAGGAAGCAGCUGAUGAAGCGAUCUUGCGAUUCGGAAUGAAUAUUGGCCAAAAACUGCGCGAGGCUGUCAGCAUCUUGCCCCCUGAUGAGGACGAGGCCGGCAAGCUUCUGUUCGAGAGCAAGGAUGCGGAGGGGAAGCGGAUUAUUCAUGCGACGAGAUUCGAGGCGCAGCUGCAUGUUAUUCAUUCGAACUUGGAAAGCUUCACCAAGGAUGCGGUUAGCGAUGAAUGGCCUGCUUUCAAGCAGGAGUUCAAUGCCGGAAGCAAGACGGAUGAGAUCGCUGCCGAUCUGGAGAAAUACCCCGAGCUCCGUUCGGCCAUGGAGAAGCUCGUGCCGGAGCAGGUGGAGUAUGCGGAAUUCUGGUCCCGUUACUACUUCCUGCGCCUGGUCGUGGAAACAGAGGAGAAGAAGCGCAAGGAGCUUCUCAAGGGCGCCAAUGUCGAGGAUGAAGAAGAAGUCGGCUGGGACGACGACUCUGACUCUGAGUCCCAGUCUCCUUCUACUCCGCAGGUUCGGUCAGGUAGCCAGUCUCUUGCCCCCAGUCAGGAUACCCAAAAAGCCGAGCCCCGCCGGUCAAACGACCAGCAAUCUCAAGCCGAUAGCGAGUCUAGCUAUGAUGUUGUGAGUGGUACAGCCAGCCGGACCCCCGGCAGCCCGAAGGAAAAGAGUCCCUCUGCUGCAAAGGCAGAAGAUAGUGACGAAGACUGGGAGUAA